AUGUCUUCCUCCUCAUCAAGCUACGAGGACGAGCGACGUGCUGAAGAAUUUUCCAAUCUUGUACAACAAUUUAACCAAAUUGUUCAAGAUAUUGGUGAUCCAGAAGAGCAACCUCGUCGUCGCCGACGAGGUGCGCGGAAGAAGGCUUUCAUUCGUCAGGACCGUGAAGCCAGCGCUGUACGUUUGCACGCGGAUUACUUUGAUGAAAAUCCGGUCUACCCCGACACCAUCUUCCGCUGCCGUUUUCGAAUGCGUCGUGCGUUGUUUUUGCGCAUCGUUAAUGCCGUUGCAGCUGAUCCAUACUUCCAACAACGCACGGAUGCACUAGGGAGGCCCGGCUUUCACGCCAUUGCAAAAAUGCACUGUCGCUAUUCAGUCGAGCCAUUAUUCAACUCUUCGGCGCAGGAGUACUUGAGGAGGCCGACUUCCGCUGACUGCCAACAGCUUCUAGCAAUGCACGAAACGAAGCACGGCUUCCCGGGAAUGCUAGGGUGCCUUGAUUGCAUGCAUUGGGCGUGGAAGAAUUAUCCAACGGCAUGGCAAGGCGCAUACACUCGCGGCGAUCAGGGGGAACUGACCAUCAUCCUCGAAGCCGUCGCCUCGCAAGAUCUAUGGAUCUGGCAUGCUUUUUUGGGGACUCCUGGUUCGAACAACGACAUCAACGUGCUCAACAACUCGACGUUGUUCAACGAUCGGCUACAAGGAAUGGGGGUGCCGGUCACAUAUCAAGUCAACAACGCCUACUACACAAGUGAGUACUACUUGACUGACGGCAUCUAUCCCAAUUGGCCUGUAUUCGUGAAGAGUCCUACACAUCCGACGGAUCCGAAAGGGAAGAGGUUCAAAGUGAUGCAGGAAGCGGCUCGCAAGGAUAUUGAACGAGCCUUCGGCGUCCUUCAAGCUCGUUGGGCCAUCGUCAAAGGCCCAUCGCGUCUUUGGAGCAAGGAGGCGAUGAGCGACAUCAUGUUCACAUGCAUCAUUUUGCACAACAUGAUCAUCGAAGACGAAGGCGAGCAAGCAACGCAGCGGAAAGAUGACGCCGACGAAGCUUCGAGUAGCGCCGCAUCUCAACCUCAUGUCGGUGCUCCGUCGGAUUUUCGUGCAUCUGUUGCACGACAAGCAUCCAUGCGAGACGCGGAGAUGCAUGCUUGCCUCACUUUGGACUUGAAGGAGCACAUUUGUUGGAUCUCUGCCACUUCAAUUAGUUAUUAUGAUAUUUUUGUUACUGCAACUCAAAAUGAUAUUAACACAUCAAAAAAUUGA